AGAAGAGAGAUAUAUUCCUUGGAGUUUCGUUUAUUUUUGACCAAAAGCAAUUUUUUUUCUUUAAUUUCUUACAUAAAGACCAAAGUUGGAGGGUUGGUUCCGCGUGAAUUUGAGGCUUUCUCUACUGUACCUUACGAAGGCGCUAUUCAUGAAAAGACUGCAAUAACCUCACCAGGCUAUGGCGACUUUAGUGUACCCUUUGUUAAUAUCGCUGGCAACUUUAAAGUAGGUACUAUAUACCUCGCCACUCCCGACGAGUCUCACGAACUUCCAUUUUAUUAUAUGAUCGAGCAAUAAAAAAAUGUAGUGACUUUUUUUCUCAAAAGUCUGAACAUAAGCCAACCCUGCACAAGUGUUACAUUUAAUUUUUAGCUUCUUGGUGUUUCAAAAUUUAGUAUAUUCUAGCGGGUUUUUCGAAAGUGGCAACUUAUGUGGCAUUGACGGUAGUCACUUUAGAAUGAAAUAUUGCAAAACCUAUGUAACAUAACAUAAAUUAAUGGACUAUCAUACUUUUCUAGAUGAUUACCAUGAAAAAUGAAAAUAUGAGCAUACAUUAAUUCCAAAAUUUAUUUAAUUACAUCAUCAGUGGCUUGUGCAUAAAAAUGGUUUCAACAGCAUUUCAAUUAGGCUACCCCUUCUUGUGUAGAGGACUUGAUAUUAGAUGUAAAUAAUUUAUGCAAUAUGCUUUUUAAACAUAUUUGUAAUUGUGCAAAUGUGAAUUGUGCUUAUCAAAUCAUUUGAACAUACAUACUAUAUCGAUUGUAAAAAGCUUGUUGGGAUUUUCAACAUUCCACUUCUUGGGCAUGAAAAGUGAAAUGAACAGUUAUGGUAUACCUGCAAAUUAACGCUACCCCACACUACCCAACACAGGACAUGGGCCUCAUCAACAACCCUGGUGUUGGGCCCAACAACCUGGGUAUGGGUGCUGGGCCUGGGGGACGACAAGUCAUGCAGAUAGGCCCUCUAGACUCAGGGACUUCUGGUGGUCCUGUACAAAUCCAAGGAAGUCUCACAGAGUAUAACAUGACCAACGAUGCUGGUGGCAUGGCGCCCGUGAUGGUAGGAGGUGGUGGCCCUAUGUACUCUACCAGCACAGCAGUGCCCAACAGACCCGCUGGAGUGCAGGGGAUAUCUGCAGCCUCCAGUGCUUCUCAGCUCAAGGCAGCCACAGACACUGAUACAAACAGUUCCAUCUUGCAGGAGCAGAUGGCGCUGAUCCUGCAUGCGCAAAAGUGCCAUCAUUCUGCUCCUCAUGCUGGCAAGAGCGAGCAAGUCAUUCCCCCGAGCCCAGAGCCCCUCACUAUGCAGGACCCAAGGAUGCAGAAUAUUCUCAACUUACCCGGAAAUGUUGGGAACAACUUUGAUCCUGCAAGCUCUAGGACGUCAAAUCUAACCCACUGCCAAACCAUGAAGGACGUCUUGUCCCACAUGAGGAAAGACCAAGCAGGCAAUACUUGGUUUGUCCCACUCUGCGCUUCCUCUCGGCAGAUCGUUUCUCACUGGUAUAAUUGUGCACGUCAUGAAUGUCCGGUUUGUGAGCCUCUCCACAAUAUGGCUGCCAAUGCUUCUGCUGCUGCUCUUGGUAUGCCUGGCCAUCAACAGCAACAACAAAAAAUGCAGCCUGGCUUGCAACGUCCUCAGCAGUCACAGCAGCAAGCCUCUCAGUUACAAGGAGGGGUGCAGCCCAACGUGACUGUUUCUGUGAGUGUCUGUUCGAUGCAGAACAGCAACAGUACAGCAAUUAACAGCAGUAUAAACAGUAGUCAGCAAUCCAUUAUAUCUCUGCCUGGAGGUUCGAACAUCAACACCCAAGCACCAAUGGCCAAUUGUGUGAUGACAGGCGGCGGUAACAUGCCUAAUGCAGCCGCGGCUGCUGCAGCAGCUGCGGCUAAGAGAGCUGGACUCAAGAGAAGCUUUGAUGGCGAGCCCAUCAACUCCAGCAACCAGCCAGACAUGCUUGAUCCUGAUGGACUGCUCAUGACUCUGACGUCCGCCCAGCAGGGAGUUGGUGUUGCUGGACGACCUGGUCCUCCCAUGCAGCAGCGAUCAGACGUUCCUUCCCAGCAGAUGCAGGUGGGGUGCAACCCGUCAGGCUCUACCAUGAUCUCUUCAGGGUCUCGUGCUCUUGGGCCGCAGCUCAUCCACUCACUGAGACCUGACCGCUGCCAAACUCGGCCAGCAGGCCAUCAACCCAACCUUAUGUCACCAAAUGCUACACCCAACAUCGUUGUGGGGGCUCCGAAACUGCCCAAUGUUUCUUCCUCAAUGGGAGCAAUGACUACGAGCAUGGCGGAGUCUUGUUUGAAUUUACCCAACCAUCCUGGCCAGCUCCCUGGCAGCAUAGUGGUGAAGGCACGCCAGUCAGAAAGCACCAAGGAGUGGCACCACAGCAUCACUAACGAAUUGCGUAACCACUUCGUGCAGAAACUGUUUGCAUCAUUAAUUAUAACUAAUGCCAAUUACGCCAGGAAAGUUGAGAGCGACAUGUUCAAUGCUGCUAGCUCAAGGCACGAAUACUACCAUCUUCUGGCUGAGAAUAUCUCCAAAAUCCAAAAGGAACUCGAAGAGAAGCGCAUGCAGUGCUGCCAGUUUCCUCGAGAAGGCCAACCUGCCGUUGAUGGAACCGCUGCUCCUCCGCCUCAGUCCAUGAUCGGUCCUGUGAAUGCUGUCGCGGUGGGCCCACACCCAGGAGGGCCCUUACCUGCGUCCUCGGGCCUCAGCUCAUUGGGCCACCCCGCGAUAUCACAGCAGCCACAACAACAGUGUGUCAGACCCAUGGGUUCUGUCAUAGUGAAGCCCAUGAAUGCUGUAGGUGCUACCGGUUCUGGUGGUCUCAUUCGUGGUGCGGCGCCGCCCAUAAUGGUGUCAAGCAGCCCUUUGCAGCAGCAGCAAGCGUACAACAGCUCAUCCAUCACCGAAACAUCACCAGCCAAUCUGCCCUCAUCACUACAGUGUAAUACAAACCUUUCCCUGAAUGUAGCAUCUUCAGUUCACUCGUCCCCCGUUAAUAUUCCGCCGUGUUUGUUAAUUGCUUCUUCUUGCAAGUCCAGCUUCCCUGGAGGCGUAAGCACCAUGGCUCCCUCAGUGAGCAACUCCAUCAGACCGCAGCUAGUGCCCCCACCUUACACUUCAACCGCCAUGAUUGCCGUCUCCAACAUACCUUUUUCUGCUCCUCUAAAAGUUGCGUGCAGUGGAGGCGACAUCUCGAACACUUCGCUGUCACACAUUUCUCAAGCUCCUAAUACAGUCGCUUCGUCCAGCCCUGCUGUUACCUACAGCAGCAACUUGUGCCUCCAGUCUUCCUUGCUAUGUACUACUACAAUGACAAGCUCUUCUUCUGUCCUUGCAGCCACUAGUGGAUCAGCUACUCUUCUUGAUGACAAAACUGAAGGCAUGAACUUCAUCAAGCAAGAACCUAUGGAUAUGGACGUCAAGAAGGAGCCUUCGUCACUUGAGGGCGCUGAUGUCAAAGUAAAGAUGGAGAUCAAGACCGAAGUUAAAGAUGAACCAUCUUCAUCUGAGAGCGACUUCAAUUCAAAGAAUGUUUAUGGUCUCUGAUGCUCCAUACAUCUAAUGCAAUUGUGCGCUGGUUCACGAAAUAAGCGAUUGUAACUUAACAUCACAACAUGCUUUUGGGGUAACCCGUAAUCCUAGCAGCUCAAAAGGAUCCGUGCCUAGCAGCUCGAAAUAAUAUCUUGGGUUACAGAUUACUGAGCUUGGUUUCCAGAAAUGUACAGUUUGUUUUUAUCAUUCGAAUGAAAGAAGUUUUAGGUACAGCUACACAUCCAUCGUGCAUAUUGUGCAGCGCUCUGUUGCGCCCGUGCAACUGUUCUGUUCGAUCCUGGGGUACUUGAUUUUGGGCUGAUUUGAUGUCUGACGGUUUGCCUGUGAGCUGAUUUGAUGCCGGGCGGUUUAACCGUAGGCUGGUUUGAUGCCAGGCGGUUGAAUGUGGGCUUAUUUAAUGCCAGGCGCUUUGAUCGUGGGCUAGGCGUUCCGAUUUGGUGCAUGGAAGCUGGCGGCUUUCCGUUGUGGUAAAUUGAUGCUGUCAGUAAUUGUUUUAGAUUUCAUGUCAACUUGUAUUGCAUUUUACUCAUACUUCUAAAUUUGAAUAACUGGGAUUUUUCCUGCUUCAGAAAUUAAUAUUGAAUAGUAGAUGAUGAAAAUAUUGGCUUGUAGUUUAGGAUAAUAAUUGUGUAUGCAUAUUAAGAACUUAAAGUUUUACGUUACCUGCAAAUUCAGUGAGGCUGUGAUUUCUCAGUUAAGGACGUAAAUUUGCCAGAGUUAUGCAGAUCUCUUCUGACGAGUUAAAUGUAAUGCUCUUACGCACGGUUUAGUGCUAAUACAAAUUAAACGUAAACAUGAAGUUGAGGGUAAAUCCCACUCCGCCACUCUUUUAUCUAUUUAGCUAGCUAUUAAUAGAUAUUCGAUUUUAUAUAUGUUAGUUUAGUUAAAUGAAGUACUUAGUGCAUUUGUUGUACAUUUUCCCCCAGAUGAAGGCCUUGGUGAAUUGUUGUAUGUUUCCCCCCUCAGAGGGGGGGGGGAGGCUUUUGAUGUGUGUCUGAUCUUGUUAAAAGCCCUAAGGGAUUUCACUUUCCUGUGGACAUUAAUCCUGAGCACGGAGCUCGCGGUGCUUGACCUCACGGAGCUCGCGGUGCCUGACCUCACGGAGCUCGCGGUGCUUGACCUCACGGAGCUCGCCGUGCCUGACCUCACGGAGCUCGCGGUGCUUGACAUCAGGUCUCAGUUGUGGGGUUAAGUUAUUGUGUAGGUAGGAUUCCCUACAUUUCCCUUCUGUCUCCCCCGUGCGGGCGGCCGACGUCUCGUGUAAGCGACCUCUUGUCAAGUGUGUUCGUUUCUGCUGCUCUUCACCUGUCCCUCCUUGUCUCUUCAUCUCUUUUAGAUGCUAAUGAUGCUUCUUUCGAGUCAGCUUCAGCGGGCUGUACAUCUAAGAUCUCCUGCCCAUUGUAGGUGAUGAUUAAUUUGAAACUUAAAAUAAUUGAGACCUGCCGACCUGUUGGCGAUGUUAUCUUUUUUACCUCCGGUGUGAAAUAUCUUGUUAGCUGAAGCGCUAGCAAAUCAUUCUACUACUACUACUUAUUGUAAGUUUUUGUAUCUUACGUGCCCAAGCAGAGCUGGCCAGCGCUACUUUGAAAUGUAGCGCCGCUACCGCUACCGCAACAUGCU